GGUCGUUAACGGAUGUGAUUGAUGUUGUUUUUUUAACCUACUGCUUCUGGACGUUGUGAUCUGCCACUGUAAAGUGUGUUGUAGUGAGUUUUGAGCGACUGUGAUACCAUCACAUACCUUACUAAAGAAGAGUGGACACUCUAUGGGACGGAGAGCACUCUGAGAAGUCGGCAAGAAGCUUUGAAUAUCAUAAACUGUUUGACAAACAUUUCCACCCCUCAAUUUGCUAAUUAGUGAGAGAUGGCUGAUGAAUUAGAACUGGAUCUGGACAGUAUCAUUGAAAGGCUGUUAGAAGUUCGUGGCUCAAAAACCAUUAAGACAGUGCAGCUGACAGAGAAUGAGGUACGUAAUCUUUGUCUUAAGUCCAGUGAGAUAUUUCUGAGUCAACCGAUCCUGCUGGAACUCGAGGCACCCCUCAAGAUAUGUGGAGACAUUCACGGUCAGUUCACUGAUCUGCUGCGACUGUUUGAGUAUGGUUGCUUCCCUCCCGAUUCCAACUACCUCUUCUUGGGCGACUAUGUGGACCGAGGCAAACAGAGCAUGGAAACCAUUUGUCUGCUAUUGGCCUAUAAGAUCAAGUAUCCGGAGAAUUUCUUCCUCCUCAGAGGAAACCAUGAGUGUGCCAGCAUCAAUAGGAUCUAUGGGUUCUUUGAUGAGUGCAAGAGACGGUACAAUGUGAGGCUGUGGAAGACCUUCACGGACUGUUUCAACAGUUUGCCAGUGGCUGCACUCGUCGAUGACAAAGUGUUUUGUUGCCAUGGUGGUUUGUCACCAGAUCUACACGAUUUUGACCAGAUUCGGUCGAUAGCUCGUCCCACAGACGUCCCGGACACUGGCCUCCUGUGUGACCUAUUGUGGUCAGACCCAGACAAAGACAUUCAGGGCUGGGGGGAAAACGACAGAGGAGUGUCCUUCACCUUUGGGUCUGAUAUUGUCACAAAGUUCCUCAAUCGUCACGAUUUAGACUUGAUAUGUCGAGCACAUCAGGUGGUUGAGGAUGGCUACGAGUUCUUCGCACGACGGCAGCUGGUGACUCUGUUCUCAGCACCCAACUACUGUGGUGACUAUGACAACGCGGGUGGGAUGAUGAGUGUGGACUCUAGCCUCAUGUGCUCAUUCCAGAUUUUGAAGCCUUCUGAGAAGAAAGCCAAAUAUCAGUAUUGCGGCCUGAAUUCGGGUCGACCCAUCACCACCAAAGCAGCCUCUAAUAAAACCUAGGAUCACCUCCAAAUGACGCAUGCCCCAUAGUGUUCUAAUGGUAGACGUUUUUUCAUUAUGUAUAAUUAUAAUUCUGUACUGUGACGUUCACAAGUAGUAUGUACUGUAUAGCGUUAGGUAUGACUUGAAAUAAUUAUAAAUGCUCCUUCUGCGAUAUAUUUUUUGUCCUGUUUUUUUACUACACAAUUGUGCACUGCUCCCUGUUAUCUUAUGUAUUGAGUCUGA